AUGUCAAGUGACGGUAAUGAGUACGAGUAUGAAAUGUCAAGAAAAAAAAAAAGAAACUGUUAUCGUCAAAAAUACUGUAAGGAUUGGGAAAACGAAACAUGCUUCAAAGGGUGGUUAGCUAAGAGCAAGAAAGGUGAAUUUCAUUUCCAUUGUAUUGCGUGUGGAUUUGACGGAGUUGCGGGGAAGUCGGAAAUAAAAAAGCACGCAGCCGGACUUAAACAUAAGCGUCUUGUAGAUGGAUGUAAAAAUCAACAAUCCUUGACAAGCCUACCAUCAGUUUCAAAACGCGCACAACUUGAUAAAUCGGUUAAACUCGGUGAACUACAUAUGGCUGCAUUUAUAGCAGAACACAAUUUGCCAUUCAGAGUUAUGAAUCAUUUGCCGAAGUUGAUUCAAACUGUAUGUUCCGAUUCACAAAUUGCAAAACAGUUGAAAUGUAGCAGAACAAAAUGUACAUCAUUGGUUACCAAUGUUAUUGGGAUCACUAGCAGCUUAAGUUUAAUUGAAGAUCUUAGGCAAAAUAAAUUUUCAAUAAUUUUGGAUGAAAGUACAGACAGAGCAACACUGAAGCACUUGGCAAUGGUCGCACGAAUCGUUAAACUUGUGGACAAAAAGUUAAUGGAAGAGACGAAUUUGUUACACUUAUUGAGAUACGCGAUGCAACCUCAGAAUCGUUAUAUAAUCAUAUUGUAG